UGUUUAGCUCACGCGUCUGAGUUUCGAGUUAGGUAUGGGGAAAACACAUUAAGAAAACUAGGCUUACGUUUUCCUACCUAAAUCGAAGGCGUAUUGAACUUAUUGAUUGUUUUACGUGUCCUGCUACUUCGAUCCUUGAAUUAUACUGAUAAUGAGUUUUACAGAAGAGGCAAUGAAGGUGGUAGGAAUUGCCAUACCUAAUCUUUGAAGUAGGUUGAGUAUUAUUUUCUUCCCUGGAGAACAAUUAUUUAUUAAUGUUGUUGGUUCGUGGCACUUUUUGUUUGUAGGUUUUACCACGCGUAUGACAACUAUAUGACAUAUGCAUUUCCGCAUGACGAGCUUAAACCUAUCUCUAAAACUUUCACCAACUCCCUGAGUGAGCUGGGAAAUUUGAAGCUUGAACACUUGCCUCAAGACUAUAAUGGCUCUGCGCUUACACUUAUUGAAUCGCUGUCUAGCCUUGUUAUUAUGGGAAAUAACACUGAAUUUGAGAGGGCAGUGCUUUGGCUUUCAGAAAAUCUUACAUUUGAUGUUGAUGCACGCAUAAAUCUUUUUGAGUGCAACAUAAGAGUUCUUGGAGGACUUGUCUCUGCUCAUUUGCUUUUAUCUGAUUCUUCAAAGAAGUUGUUACAAGGGGCUUACAACAAUCAGCUGCUAGUUCUGGCUGAAGAUUUAGGGAAACGCUUCCUACCAGCAUUUAAUACGCCUACUGGAUUGCCAUAUGCAUGGAUUAACUUAAAGGUAUGCAUAGAACAUUCAAAUUCUGUCACUCUGUAAAUCUUUUAUUUAGAGGGAAAGGCAUCAGCUUAUAUGUUUUUUUCAUUUAAUUUGGUUGGUAAGCUUUUGAAUGUUUGAAGAUAAGUAUGUUAAUAUUAAUCCUGUAGUCAAGAGUCAAAAGUUCUUAUUGCAUCAUUAAUUUAAAGAAAUACAUUUCCAUGUCCCUGUCACAUUUCCAGCUUGUUUUCUUCUGUCCACCACAGCUGCUGUCACUAGAUGUUGUCCUUCCCAUUACCAACUCAACAAGCUGAGCCCAUCAUUGAAUUCAACAUUAGUCACUUUGAGGUGGGGGGACUAUGAAUUUUUAGGUUAGUCAGUCCAUCCAGGCAUGCCACCCCUCUCCAUUGAUCUCUACCAAUGUUCUGGCAUGAAACUGUGCACCAGUCCACCUUUUCAGUAAUUCCUCCCUCCACAGAUCAGCUUGUCUUCUGUAUUAAGUUCUACCACAAUCCAUUGUGUUUCAGUUCCACCACCCGAACAGGCUGUUUAACCUUGUCUCUGUUGUGUGUGGUGGCCAUCUUUGUCUCUGUUUCUUUCCAUUUGGUCCCAGUGCCUUGUGUAUUGAUCUGUUCCAUCUGUGUUUGUUUGCCUUCCUGUCUGUUUGACUCUGUUUUGUCUUUCUGUUUAUAUCUGCAUGUAUUGACAUAUUGUGUUUGUGUAUAUACUUGCAUGACAUCUACUUACAAUUUUCAUGACACUGUUUGAAUUUUAACUUUGGCUCUGGUAGGGCUGUUGGUUGACAUUUUAUGAGCCAUUUUCAAGUCCAUUAAGACAGAUCAAGUUUUUCCCAAGCUGUCACUUUUCAAAGGUUUUUUCUUUUCUUCUACAGUUUGAAGUUAUUCAUGUGGUUUAAAGCUUCCAAAACCGUUUUGAUAAAUUUGAAAAGGCUUGGGACCCACUAUAAAUAUUUGUAAUGAUUUUUCUCUCUUGAUGGGCAUCUUUCUUUCAAUGUCUCUUCACCUUGGUUGUGCAACAGCCUAUCUUCCGAUUGUGCAUCAUUCUUCUUAUGUUAUGUUUUCAUGACAAUGAUUAUUUUGGUGCUUCCUUUUGUUAUCUCUUCAGCAGUCAACAGUUUUUGGGAUGUUCAUUGCGUUAUGUCGUCUCUUCUCUUCAGCCAUCUGGUUUAUGAACUUUACUUUUAAAUUAUUUUCCUUGUUAAUUGCACUUAUUUUUAACAAGCUAAGAGCUUAGUAAGCUUUAGCUUCAGAAAAUUCUAAGUCCAACCAUGUUAGGAAUGUUAAUUAAUUUG